UGGAAGAAGAAGAAGAUGAUGAUGAUGAUGAAGUCCGCGCACCGAGCCGGAUUGGUGCUCGCACAGCCAAUGACGACUCCCCGCGGGUGACUGGCCCCAGGCUUUGGAUUAUAUAUCGCGAGGAGGGUUUGGCGGAGAGGAGCUGUCAGAGCGUCGCCCUUGGUGCGGGAGGGACGCGCAAAGAGGCGCUGCCGGCGGCACGAACGCUCCCACGCUCAUCAAGCAACGGGGCCACCUCUCGGGGUCAAGUGGCUCGAGUCCCCAGCUAUUCUGGCGAAUCUCGUCACUUCAUAUUCUCGGCAGCUCAGCGGCUGCAGGAACUUACUUCGGAAUUUAUUUUUAGUUCAAUUGUUAUUUUUCUUUUGUUUUUGCAUUUCUGUCUCGCGGUGACAAUGGGGAAAAAAAGCGUGCGGCAGGUGGCGGUGAUUAAUCGCGUGGCGGCUUUUUAGUCUCUCCCUGGCUUUAACAUUUAAAUGCGCGACUCGGCUCGCUGCAGCGCGAAGUCGCGAGCUCUCAUUCCCGUUUGGAGUCGCGACGAGCAGUGGGAACGCCUCGUCUUGCCGGGCCUGUAAGAGAACAAAAUCACAACUCUUCCAGGUAUCGUAAUUCGGCAACAGUGCAGAGCGAACAGCAGCCGGGCGUCCCGGCGUUCCUUCCUGGGGCUCCACAAGUAACUCCAACGUCACGGACAAAACAAAUGUCGCGCAAAGGACAAUGAAGACGCAAACUGGAAGCGCCUUAGGCGAGCGGUCGCCACCGCCGCAGCCGCCGUUGCUGCUCUGGCUGCUGGCGCUGCUGCCGUUCGGCUCCGGGCAUCGGCAUCCGCCGCUCUGGGCAGGCGAGCGCGCCGCGCUGUGCGCCACCAGGGACUGCGUGUGCGCCGGCGAGAUCGUCGACUGCAGCGGCGCGAACCUCUCCUCGCUGCUGCCCCUCUCCGCGCCGGACUACGCCUCCGUCCUCGACCUGAGCCGCGGCCACUUCCCCGCCGUGUCCCGAGGCUGGCUGAGCGGCGCCCGGCGCCUGCGCUCGCUCUCGCUGCGCCACUGCGGCGUCCGGAACGUCUCCGCGUCCGCCUUCGAGGGCCUGGGCCGCCUCGCGCGCCUCGACCUGUCGUCCAACCGGCUGCGCACCGUGAGCCGCGCCGCGCUCGCGGGCCUCGCGUCGCUCGAGGAGCUGCUGCUCUACAACAACCGCAUCGCCGACGUCGAGGCGCUCGCGUUCGAGGGCGCGCGCUCCCUGCGCCGCGUGCUGCUCGCGCACAACGCCCUCGCCGCGUUCCCCGUGGACGCGUGGCCGCCCGGCGCGCUGGCGCGCGUGCACCUCCUCGACCUCUCCUACAACCGCAUCGAGGAGGUGCCCGUCGCGCGCGUCGGCUCGCUGCCCGCCGCGCUGCGCCAGAGCCUCCUCCUGCACGGCAACCCGCUGCGCUGCUCGUGCGCGCUCUACCUCAUGCUCAUGAGCUGGAUGAGGCGCGAGCUCACGUCCGUCCGGAGGCACCAGCGCGAGCUCACGUGCCGCCUGCCCCACGCGCGAGAGCCCAUCCGACUCUUCCAGGUGCAGGAGGACCUCAUGGGCUGCAGCCCCAACGCGUCGCUCCUCGUCAAGACCAAGUCGGAGUACAGCGCCAACGUGGGCGACACGCUGCUGCUGCAGUGCGACUCGCGCCUCGCCCUCGAGCCUAGCACCACCUUCGUGUGGCUGGACAAGGGCGGCGCGCGCCACGUGCACCCGCACCCUCGCCGCGUCGACAACGGGAGCUCGCCGCUCUACGUGCACGCCAAUGGCUCGCUCGAGAUCCGCGACUUCAACGCGAAGCUGGAGGGCACGUACGCGUGCCAGGCUCUCAACCUCGCGCUGGAGCUCAACGAGACGCUGUGGGUGAACGUGACGGUGGCGCCGCCCGCAGAGCCCUUCAACACCGCCUUCACCACCCUCAUCGCCUCCUCCGCAAUCCUCUUCGUAGUGCUCGUGUAUCUCUUCCUGCCGCCGUGCGACUGCCGCUGCCGCGGCCGGCGUUGCGGCGGCUGCUGCGGCUGCUGCCGCUACGUGGGGGUGCCCGGCUGUCAGGAGGAAGACGCGGCGAUGAGCAUGCGCGACUCGCAGGCGUCCAUCCUGAGCAACGCCACCAUGUCGCCACCGACGCCGCCGCCGCCUCCGCUGCAACAGCAGCAGCAGCUACAGAUGCAGCAGAAGCUGAAGCAGCAGCAGCAGCAGCAGCAGGUGGGGGAGGAAAGUAGAGCCGGGCAGCAGCUCAGGCGCAAGCUGAGCGGCGUCAAGCGCGUGUCGAUCAUGGAGCCCGAGGGGCAGGCGGCCAACAACGGGCGCGCGUGCGCGCUGCCGAUCGACUUCCACGAGGAGCACCUCCUCAAGAUCCUCAAGAUGAAGGCGGACUCGGAGUCCAACUGCUCCGUCUACUCCGACACGCCGAUCGUGUCGUUGUGAGGGCCGCAGAUGGGAGGGGGGGAGGCACGGGGGGGGGGCUCCCCCAACCCCCCAAGGGGGGGGGGAGUCAGCAAGUUCCAUCGCCACUCGCGAAGACGCUUCAGGAUGCAAGGCGGACGCGUUCACGAGCGGGUGAGGUCACUCGAUGUUCACGUGCGGGUGAGGUCACCCGAUGUUCACGUGCAGGUGAGGUCACCCGAUGUUCACGAGCGGGUGAGGUCACCCUGACGUUCACGUGCGGGUGAGGUCACCCUGACGUUCACGUGCGGGUGAGGUCACCCGCACGUUUAAUUCGCAGGCGUGUAUGCGGAGGCCGACAGCAGCGCGCGUCACGUGGCAGGCGUUCGUGCGCGCUGUCGUACGAUGGCGAGAAAACAAGUUUUGCUGGCUGGCUUGCUGGCUCGCGGGGCAGGCAAGUGUGUGCGGUGGUGACGUCAUGCCCCUUCCCCCCCCACCCCCCGUUACCAACUCUCCACCCCGCGUGUAUUCCCGCGCAAAUGCAUGGGCAGUGCGAAUCAAAAAUUUGAAUGGUUUGGAUUCGGAAGCAUUCAGGUGGUUCAGAGGUCAGAGCAUUUAGCUGACACCGUUGAUAUCCUGGGUUCAAAUCCAAUCUCUCAGCCUCUGCCCGAUCACCAAUGGCUGCACACGAAAAAAGCAUCACAUUUGGUUUUGCACUUGAUUCCACCAAAGUUCCAGCUCUGAGAAUCGUAAACUAAAAACUUUGGCUUGAUUGUCAUGCUGCCAUGUGACAACAUUUACUCUGCAUAGCAAUGUGGAUUGGGAAAGUGCUGCCACCCCCCCCCCCCCCCCCCCCCCGAGUCUGGAUAAGAGGUCACUUGAAAAUAUUUCAGAAGCGAUUCUGCGAUGUCUCCUUCUGCGGACCGCUCCCCAACGCUCGGCGAUGAUGUCCUGCUCUCCGAGAGUUCAUAAUGGAUGUUUCAUUUCCUGACAGAGAUUCCGAAGGUGCAAUUUGGGGAUGGCAUUGGGAGACCUUAUGCAAAAAUGUCUCCGAAUAAUUUAAAUUCAGAAGGAAAAAAUUGCGACAGCUCUCACCAACCAGGCCACUGCCCUGAAGUCCGAUUUAGUUUUUUUUGUUUGACGAGCCCCACUCGUCGCACGUAGCGUCGACGGCACGGGCUGCAAAAAUGCAGAUUAUUGACCUUGACUUCUUCACUUUACCGAUGCGAAGACGAUGGGAAAAGAAAAAAAAACCAGGGUCACGAGAAUGCAAAGAAACUAUUUUGUAUUUCACUUUCAAGGGUUCAAUUUAAAUCCGAGAUCAGCCCUAAAUAAAAUGCAGCCAAGCCGGACGUUGGCAAAAAUCAACGCCGCUGUUUGAGUGUUUCAUCCCACUUGAGACUCAGCUUGAGGCAUCCUUAAGAAGGAUGGAAUGAUGAGAGGUUGGGACCAAAUUUCAAUUCUGCAUCCGGUUUGUAUAUUGUGUGCUACUCUGAAGGGAUGAAAUGGGUUUUAUUCAAAACGUAAAGUGCUUCAGAGGCGAACGUAAACGAUGUUCCCGGAACACGACGGCAAUCGAAUAACCUCAUACAAGCCACCAGUGGGAGAGACACAAUUCUAACUCGUCCGCGUGAAAUUCCGCAAUUUUUUGCUGAACAUCUCUCAAUCGGCGUCGUUUUUUGAACAUCUCCCCCGUCAAAUUGUGACGACAUCAAUUCACGCGCAAGAGUUUUGUGCCUGCAUGAGAUCGGGGGGAAAGACCCACACAAAAAUUUGACGAAUUAUUUGGUGAUUAAUUUCGUAUUUUUCUUUUUUAACCUGCUAUGAAGAAGGGCCAUUGCUCAAAAUGUAACCUUGUUGUAUAAUGUGUUUUUUGUUUAAUUUAAGGCCACGCGGUGUCACUGUCAAAUUUAUUGAGUUUGGUUUUGAUUUGGUUCGUUAAGCUGAGACCGUGGCAUUGAGCACACGCACGCCGCCCAUCUCGACGUGAUCCCAGAUCAGCCCUCUGUCGCCCACCACUCGCGAGCGAAACGUUUGAACGCAAAGCGCCAUGCAGAAUGUUACAAGCGGGAAGAGGCAACACGACGCUAUUUAUACAAAGUCAACACGGAGGCUUCCGCAGCCAAGGCAAUGAUUCGUAGUUCACCGGGGGUCGCCAUUACGUCCCCUAACCAGAAAAUCAACUGUGAAUCAGAGCAUAACCUUGAUUAUUAUUCAAACUGACCAAGUAAGACAUCUGCAAGUCAGCCGAUGGCUUUCUAGCUUCCUAAACGGCAUCGGCACGAACAACGGCAGCAAGUGGCAUAUGCGGCGGAUACUUUGGUGAUGCACAAAUAGAAUAUUAAAAACUCUUCGGCAGUGUGUGGGGAACUGUGGUCGUCCAGAGCAGACCACGAAAUAUUGAACGACUCAGCGCCCGAGUCGCAUAUUGACGAAGGAAACAUCAUCAUCAUCACAGCGGUACACUCCGCUACUCUUGACGCGGGUAUCUGGGCUCAACCACGUGAAUGUAAUGAUCACAGUUGGUGCUCUACAUCAACGUAUCCCGUUUUUUUUUACGGCAAGGGUUCUGGACCCCUGUCUCCCUGCACCAUCUUCCUUAAACCCUUGGAGAAAAAACCCGUGAUUGAAGAGACACCUGCAUUUGCCACGACGCCUCUGCCGGCACACGUGGGCCCUGGGUGUAAAAUUGAAAUAUCCUCGUGCUUUGGGGGCCCCACUUACCCGUGGGCCGUGGUCGUGCAGCUGCACCGCCUGCACACUCGAGAGCUGCGUCACUGAUCCCAGUUGCACGUGCCGCUGUCACACCGCUUGAUAAGUUGUCACCCACGUGCUGCAGGAGCCAUAUACCCUCCCACACCCUCUUCCCCAAAGGGGACACAGUGAAAUGUCACUGCGCUCAGAAGAAAACUAAAAUAAACUUGACUUUGGGGAGUCAGUCGAGCUGCUCCGUGAAGGAGGGAAAGGAAUUAACAGCAGCACACAUUGGUGAUUGUUCAAUAAUCAUGAACCACGAAAAAUGUGAAAUUAAAUUAACUACACUUUUUUAUGGCAGUUUCCCAGUCGGUUAAACUAUCGUACGGUAUUAAAGAAAAAACAAUUCUGUGAAAACCUUCAGCAUGCAAAUCUACUCCUGUAAGGUUAUGAAUUACAAAUACUAAAAGAAAAACAAUAUUAUGCUAAAAGCAUCAUCGCUCAUGGUGUGAUGUGUAAUCUCAAGGUUACACGGUGAUAAAUAUUGUAAAAAUUAAAUCAAGCAUAUUCUGUAUAAAGAUAUUAUAUAUACAUUUUAUAUCUUACUGUUAUAUUAUACAUAUGAAGAUGUCAUGGGUCUUACUAUAUCCUGUAUAUGAAUGAUUUUGCAAGUUACCACUGUCAUAUGAACGCAAAUGAAAGUGCAUAAAAAAUUAAACGGAAUAAUUUUACUGGC